CGAGUAGUACACGUUCACAAUAUGGCUGCGCCCAUAGAAAAACUUAAACAACGAUAAAUCAACAACUUUUUGUUGACAAUCUUGGUUAAUUCAUUAAAUUUAUUUCUGAUCGUGUGUCAAUAAAAUGAGUCAGAAUCAGAAUGCAGAUGAUGAUGAUUUUGGGGACUUCGGUGGCUUUGAGGGGGCCGAGCCAACAGAAAACGAGAAUCAGGCCGGGGCCCAAGCAGCACCAAAUGUCUGGGCAGCCAUGUUUGCACCAGCUGUACCAGGCAUGCGGAAUGUCCAGCCUGACCUACUGUGUGGACAGAAUCGAUUUCCAGCCCACCUGGACACACCUACCACAGUGGACAUAGCUAGCAGUGCCCAGGCGAGGGUUCCAUCUGACUUGAACUCAACAGAUGGGGCAACUGGCGAAGAUGGGGAUGGACUGAAUGAGCAAGACAAUUUCAGCCUUGCGAAUGAUAUACUAGAUGGCAGCUUCAGAUCAUCAUCUAUGUCCAAUCAAUCACAGAUGCCAGACAUCAGUGGCCUUGACAUUGGACAUGGAGCUCAGGCAAGGGCAGACAAUGUCUCUCAUCUUGGCAGUGCACAGCCAUCUGCUGUCCUGAGUCGACUGGCACCAGGUACUCCUGGUUCUAACCAAGGAGGCCAGGGAUUGGCUGAGAGAGCAGAAACUGGUGGAGCCACUGGUGGUCCGGCCAAUGAGAUUGCAGAAAAUAAAGAUGAGUCAGCCAAUCAGGUUGAUUGGAACUUGGCAGUCAGACGGGAUGCUGCUCAUGCUGAUGAGAACAAUGCUAUUGUUCAAAGAGCAUUACAAGAAAAAGAAAGCAUCAAACAGGAGCUGACACAGCAACAAGGAGAAAAUGCCAGGUUAGCAGAGGACCUGGUUCGGGCAGAGGCUCUUGCAACAGAGGCCAGGCAAAACUUGGAAAAAGUCAAGGCUGACCAUACUGAGCAGCUGGAGGCCUUGCGAUCUGCUGGUCAUGAGGCGGUGACAAUGGUUGUUGGGGAGUACAGGGCCUCACUGGCCACACUGGUCCAGGAACAGAGAGAAACAGGCCUCCGAUCUGUCACACAAACCCUCUCACAGGAGACCGACCACCUUCGACACUUACUGGUAGAACAGAAAGAAGAAUUUGAUAGAUUACAAGAAGUAGAACGAAAGAAAAAUGAAAAACUACUUAAGGAAGCCAUAGCUGAAAUGAAAGAAAAAAAUAAGGAGGAGGUUGUGAAUGCUCUGGAAGGGGAGAGAACAAAAUAUGAAGCUAAAAUUCAGGAUGCAAUUCAGGCUGAGCAGGAGGGGCUAGAGAGGAGACUGACAGAGGCAGUUAAAGAGGAGCAAGACAGGGGGGCACAGGCCCUCAAACAACAACAGGAGCAGUUUACCACCCAGAUGUCAGAGGAGGCUGGGAAACACCGGGAACAGCUUGAGAAAGCCCUACAUGAACAGCAGGAUAAAUAUAAGGAGGAGUUGUCAGUGGCUUUGAGAGAGGAGAGGUCAAGGGGUCAAGAUGCCCUUCAAGGGGCUGUGAGGGUCGCAAGGGAGGAUAUGACCUCUCAUCUUCAACACCUAAGGGAGAGUGAUCAAAGGUUACACAGGCGUCAGCUAGCAAGCCUGGAUUUAUUUUUGGAGAGUGCCCGCCAACAGCUUGCCUUACUGAUGACCACUCCGGACAAAUCUGACCACAGCGGACAAGACAAUCCGACUGAUUCAGACUCCGGAGUUUCCUGAGGUUGUUGCAGAAGUGAUGUUGUUACAGUUGAAGUGAAUUAUUACAUAUCUACUGAUGGAGCAAAAAAUGCUCAACUGUGCAAAUAAAUAUAACAAAGUGCAUAAUACUGUCAUUGUCAUUUAAGUCGAGAGCAUAAUUAUUGUUGAAAUCAGAAUAUUUUAUUAGGUUUUCAUUAAACAGUACACAUUGUAUGAAUCACCUUGCAUCUUUGUGACGUGUCUAGUGAUAGGCCACUUGCUUUUAAACAUCAAACAUGCUUUGCUUGUCCCAGUGUAUUUUUGUUGUUUUUUUAAGAAAAUAAUCACAUUGUUAUUUUCUAUACAUGUACAUGUAUUUAAGAAGCUCAUGUGUUGUCACCACUGGAGUCAUGCAAAAAUGUCAAUCCUACGCCACCAAUCAAAAACUGUUCUAGGUUUUCACAAUGAACUUGGUACUCAUGUUUCAAUAGUGUACACAUACAUAAAGAUAAACAUAUGACUGUGGUGGCAUGUCACUUCACCAACUGAAAACAGGCAAACCGUUUGCAUUCACUUGCAACCCUCGUGUUGUAAAUAGACUGGGUGGACUUAAUAAGACUCUUGGAUUUGUGCCAAGUAAACACAUCUAUUAGUUUUCAUGUGAAAUACUCUUUGAAAUUUUCUUUUUAAACCAACAUAAUGCCAAUGGCCAUAGCUCACACAGUGAUCAUUUAUUCAUCAAAUCAAUACAUAAACAAGUUAAUAUUGGAUUUAGGUCAAUUUGACCCAUAAUCAAAACAUUUCCCUGAAUACACAGUAUCUAUAUAUAGAUAAACAGUAUAAUAAACAUUUUUACAUGUUUAAUAAUACAUAUAAUAAAGAAUUAGCAUGAUUUAUGUCAGUUACAUUUGUUUACAUGAUAAAGUAAAUAACAGUUAUAUUUUGUUUUGUUAUACAGUUUUAAACCUAGUGAAGUUUCGACAAACAAAACAUUCGUAUAAAAAAAUAAAAAACAUACAAAUGACUAUUUACUAAAAAAUCGAAUGAGGCACUUUAUUAUAUAAUAAUUUUAUUGAUUGUUAUUCAUAUGUAUUAUUUAAAGGAGUUCAGAGAGCAUUUAUUCUACCUUAAGGGCAGAUAUCGGGAAAGGAAUCAAUGCCACUUAUUCAGAAUGGUUGUUGCUGUACUGUACUGUGCAAAUAAGUUUGCAAAAUUAUUACCAGUAUUUGCAUGUAUUUUUUUUUAUUGUUUUGCUUUGAAAACUUUAAUGCUAACCAUUAAAUAGUUCAAUUUAAUAAACUUUAUCAGCCAGUUGUGUAAUAUCCCCAUAAGUAGUCCACUGGUGUUCAUUUGGCUAAUUUGCGCUAUUAAAUGAUUUGAUCAGUUAAACACAUUAUUUUACUUCUUUGUUGAAAAGAAACCAAAUAAAUAACAUUGACAGUC